AUGAGGCUGGCCCAUGCCCUGGUGGUCCUGCUGCUGCAGGCUGGCUGGGGGGCCGCACAGGACCUCCCGGAGGUUCCAAAGGCCAUCGCCUUCCAAGACUGCCCUGUGGACCUGUUCUUUGUGCUGGACACCUCUGAGAGUGUGGCCUUGAGGCUGAAGCCCUAUGGGGCCCUGGUGGACAAGGUCAAGGCCUUCACGAAGCGCUUCAUCGACAACCUAAGAGACAGGUACUACCGGUGUGACCGCAACCUGGUGUGGAACGCAGGCGCACUGCACUACAGCGACGAGGUGGAAGUCAUCAGCGGGCUCACGCGCAUGCCCGCCGGCCGCGACGCGCUCAAGGCCAGCGUGGAUGCUGUCAAGUACUUCGGCAAGGGCACCUACACUGACUGUGCCAUCAAGAAGGGGCUGGAGGAGCUGCUGGUCGGGGGCUCCCACCUGAAGGAGAACAAGUAUUUGAUCGUGGUGACCGACGGGCACCCCCUGGAGGGCUACAAGGAGCCGUGCGGGGGCCUGGAGGAUGCCGUGAAUGAGGCCAAGCAUCUGGGCAUCAAAGUCUUCUCCGUGGCCAUCACGCCUGACCACCUGGAGCCGCGUCUGAGCAUCAUCGCGUCCGACCACACCUACCGACGCAACUUCACCGCGGCAGACUGGGGGCAGAACCGCGAUGCCGAGGAAGCCAUCAGCCAGACCAUAACCACCAUUGCUGACAUGAUCAAAAACAAUGUGGAGCAGGUGUGCUGCUCCUUUGAGUGUCAGCCAGCCAGAGGGCCCCCAGGACCCAGAGGAGACCCCGGGUACGAGGGAGAACGCGGGAAGCCAGGGCUCCCAGGAGAGAAGGGAGAAGCUGGAGACCCCGGAAGACCAGGGGACCUCGGACCUGUGGGCUACCAGGGCAUGAAGGGAGAGAAGGGCAGCCGAGGGGAGAAGGGCUCCAGGGGACCCAAAGGCUACAAGGGCGAGAAGGGCAGAAGAGGCAUCGACGGUGUGGACGGCAUGAAGGGAGACGCAGGGUUUCCUGGCUUGCCUGGCUGCAAGGGUUCCCCUGGUUUUGAUGGAGUUCAAGGACCCCCCGGCCCCAAGGGCGAUGCUGGCGCCUUCGGACUAAAAGGAGCGAAGGGUGAGCCUGGAGCCGAUGGGGAGCCUGGGAGACCUGGAAACACUGGGCCGCCCGGAGAUGAGGGUGAUCCGGGAGAGCCUGGUCCCCCUGGAGAGAAGGGAGAGGCUGGUGACGAGGGCAAUGCAGGACCUGAUGGGCCUCCCGGAGACAGGGGCGGCCCUGGAGAGCGAGGACCCCGGGGAACCCCAGGUGUGCGUGGCCCGAGAGGAGACCUGGGUGAAGCUGGACCUCAAGGUGACCAAGGGCGAGAGGGCCCCGUCGGCAUCCCAGGAGACCCGGGUGAGGCCGGCCCCAUGGGACCUAAAGGCUAUCGAGGCGACGAGGGCCCCCCAGGGCUGGAGGGUCCCCGAGGAGCCCCAGGACCUGCUGGACCCCCUGGAGACCCAGGGCUGAUGGGCGAGCGGGGCGAGGAUGGCCCCCCUGGAAAUGGCACCGAGGGCUUCCCUGGUUUCCCUGGCUACCCAGGCAACAGGGGCCCCCCUGGGAUAAACGGCACUAAAGGCUACCCGGGCCUCAAGGGAGACGAGGGUGAACCUGGAGACCCAGGAGAGGACAACAAUGACAUCUCACCCCGUGGUGCCAAAGGGGCGAAGGGUUACCGUGGCCCCGAGGGCCCCCAGGGACCCCCAGGACACACAGGACCUCCUGGACCAGACGAGUGUGAGAUCCUAGACAUUAUCAUGAAGAUGUGCUCGUGUUGUGAGUGCAGGUGUGGCCCCAUUGACAUCCUCUUCGUGCUGGACAGCUCUGAGAGCAUAGGCCUGCAGAACUUUGAGAUUGCCAAGGACUUUGUUAUCAAAGUCAUCGACCGGCUGAGCAAGGACGAGCUGGUCAAGUUUGAGCCAGGGCAGUCGCACGUGGGCGUGGUGCAGUACAGCCACAACCAGAUGCAGGAGCAUGUGGACCUGAGGAGCCCCAACAUCAGAAGCAUGCAGGAGCUCAAAGAGGCCAUCAAGAAGCUGCAGUGGAUGGCAGGUGGCACGUUCACGGGCGAGGCUCUGCAGUACACCCGGGACCGACUGCUGCCGCCCACACAGAACACACGCAUCGCCCUGGUCAUCACCGACGGUCGCUCAGACACGCAGCGGGACACCACGCCACUUAGCGUGCUCUGCGGCCCCAACAUCCAGGUGGUCUCGGUGGGCAUCAAGGAUGUGUUCAACACUGGCCCUAGCUCCGACCAGCUCAACGUCAUUUCCUGCCAGGGGCUCUCGCCCCAAGACCGGCCAGGCAUCUCACUGGUCAAGGACAACUUUGCAGAGCUGUUGGACGACAACUUCCUCAAAAACGUCACUGCCCAGAUCUGCAUCGACAAGAAGUGUCCGGAUUACACCUGCCCAAUCACCUUCUCGUCCGCGGCUGACAUCACCAUACUGCUGGACGGCUCGGCCAGCGUGGGCAGCCACAACUUCGACACCACCAAGCUCUUCACCAAGCGCCUGGCUGAGCGCUUCCUGUCCGCGGGCCGGGAGGACCCGGCACACGACGUGCGUGUGGCUGUGGUGCAGUACAGCGGCCCUGGCCAGCAGCGGCCGGAGCGCGCGGCCCUGCAGUUCCAGCGCAACUACACGGUGCUGGCCGAGGCCGUGGACAGCAUGGCCUUCUUUAACGACGCCACCGACGUCAACGACGCCCUCAGCUAUGUGACGCGUUUCUACCGCGAGGCCUCGUCGCCCACGGCCACCAAGAAGGUACUGCUCUUCUCUGAUGGCAACUCACAGGGCGCCACAGCGGAGGCCAUUGAGAGGGCCGUGCAGGAGGCCCAGCGCGCCGGCCUGGAGAUCUUCGUGGUGGUGGUGGGCCGCCAGGUCAACGAGCCCCACAUCCGCGUGCUGGUUACCGGCAAGACAGCCGAGUACGACGUGGCCUUCGGUGAGCGCCACCUCUUCCGCGUCCCCAGCUACCAGGCACUGCUCCGUGGUGUCUUCUACCAGACCGUGUCCAGGAAGGUGGCUCUGGGCUAGCGGAGCCUGGCUACCGCAGAGGGACAGCAGGGCUGACGCCCCUGGCCACCUCAGCCACCUCAACCCUUCUGAAAGCCGAGUCCACAAUGGCAGCGCGUGGGUGGACCUGGCACCUGGUCCCCACGCUCCGGGUGCUUCCUGACCCCCAACCUGGGCCCUCAUCUCCUUCAUGGUUUAAAACGUCCUCUGAUGACCCCAUUUCAUGUCCCCACUCCCAACCCCAAAGUGGACAACAUGCUCAGGCCACAAGAUGCAGGCUGCGUGGUUCCCAUGGGGGUGGUGGGGGGGCCACCCGCAGCCUGCCUGGGAUCACCUUCCUGGAAGGUUCUCGGCACGGGCUCCGGCCGGACCUCAGCGGACUGGGCGGCCUGGACCUGACCCCCGUCUUCAGGCUCUGGAGCCUACGAGUGAAGGUGCUGCCGCAGGAAGGCCCAGUCCCCCGGCAAGCUGGGCUGGGGGCGCCCUCGGCCCGUGUGGGCUCUGGUUCUGCACCCCCCUGUGGCC